AUGGGAAAGUUGAUUGAGACGGACAAAAAGUGGACCAAGAAGAUACAUCCAGGCAUAUCAACCUUUGGCGAACACCCUCACGAUGUCGGCCCAGAACACCUCGAUAAGCUCCUCAGCCAUGCGCUCAAGAAGAUCCCGCUCGCCGACGUCCCGAACACGCCCCUCUUCCUGCUUGCGACAGCAGGCAUGCGCAUACUCCCCGAAGUGCAACGGCAAUCCGUGCUGAAAGAAGUCUGCGACUUUGCGCGGAGUACGACACAAUUCCAACUACCAGACUGCGAUUUACACAUUCAAGUGAUACCGGGAGAGACGGAAGGCUUGUAUGGGUGGAUAGCGGCCAACUACUUGCUUGGAGGAUUCGACCAGCCGGAUAAACACGACCACGGCAAGGGGCACAACACAUACGGAUUCUUGGAUAUGGGCGGCGCAUCGGCGCAGAUUGCUUUCGCACCGAAUGCGACCGAGGCCGAGAAACACGCAAACGAUUUGACGCUGCUACGAUUGCGGACGAUUGAUGGGACGCCCAUGGAGUACAAAGUGUUUGUGACGACAUGGCUGGGUUUCGGCGUCAAUCAGGCGCGGCAACGAUAUGUGAAGGCACUACUGGAAUCUACGAGUUCGGAAGAGCUCCCGGACCCCUGUCUGCCUGCUGGUCUGAAGGUCGAAGUUACAAAAGAUGGCAAAUUCAUCGAGGGCAAGGUUGAUGGGGAUGAGAAGCAAGAGCCGGCAGCGGGGCAUUUACUUGGAACUGGAAAGUUUUCAGAGUGUCUGCACCAGACAUUCCCGCUUCUGGAGAAGGACAAGGCGUGUGCAGACGCGCCAUGUCUGAUCAACGGACAGCACGUCCCGGCCAUCGAUUUUGACAUCAACCACUUUGUCGGAGUCUCGGAAUACUGGCAUACCACCCACGAGAUCUUCGAGAAGGGACACAAGGACAAGGCAUACGAUUUCAAGACAUACCAGGAACGGGUUGAAGAGUUCUGCAGCCAGGACUGGGACAAGAUCCAGCAAGGCGUCGAGAAAGAGAAGUGGGGCGGCAAGGUCGACGAAGAGAAGGCACGUGAAGUAUGCUUCAAGGCAUCAUGGAUCAUCAACAUGCUCCACGACGGCAUCGGCGUCCCACGCGUUGGCAUAGAAGGCCUCCCCGACAGCAAAAACGGCACCAAAGCCGUCCUCGACAACGCCAAAGCCAAAGGCUUCCUCGACCCCUUCCAGGCCGUCAACAAAAUCAACGACGUUGAACUCAGCUGGACGCUCGGCAAAAUGAUCCUGUACGCCUCCUCCGAAGUCCCCCUCGAAUCCGACUCUGCCCUUGCUGUAGGCUUCGGCUCCAACGAACCUGGCAUCCCCCCCGACUUCCAAUACCCCGGUGGCACCAUCCACCCCUACGAAAGCGACAGCAACUGGCACCGCCUCUUCAUCGAAAACCCGCGCCGCAUCCCCGCCUUCUUCCUCAUCAUCUUCAUCUUCUGCUUCAUCAUCGGCAUCAUCAUCGGCAAGGAGCGCCGCGCCCGCGUCAAGGUUUUCCUCAUGAAGCCCUUCACCCCCGGCCAAGGCAAAGACCUGCACGGCCGCCGCGAACGCUCCUUCGCCGCUAAACUCCUCGGCCUCGGCCGCACGCAGGAAUACGAGCGUGUCGACUUGGAAAACCCCGACGCGGCGAAUGACUUCGAACUCGAGGAAAGAGACAACGAUAGCGACAACGAGCACUCGGACUCGUCGAAUGAGAGCAGGUUCGGCAGGACGAGCGGCUGGAUGACGCCGACGAACAAGACGGAUGUCGCAGGGUAUUUUGCUGGUGGCGCGGCGGGUGCGGAUGUGUUGGGAAAGGGUGUCGGGCUGGGGCUGAGUCCUAGGGGAGGCUUGUUGAGUCGCACGGAUAGUAGGGAGAGGAUGAGGAGUCGCGCGAGUAGUCCGAAGAGGAGAGCGAAGGGGAAGGUUGAGGAUGAUUGA